AUGACCACGCGGUUCUGCAUCAUCAACGAGGACAUGAUUGUUUCCGGUGCUCAAAUCGGAUCAUUGCUGACCAUUCUAUACGCCGAGCUUGCGCUCAACACCUCUCCUUCCCGAGCAUUCCCGAGAGAUAUCGUUAAACACUUUUCAUGGAAAUCUGGACAAUCCGAUAUCGUGGAGUCUACAAGACAAGACAUAUAUUUCGAAGAUUAUUUCAUGGAGAUCGUUCGUAUUGUUUUCCGAAGAGUGAAAGAGGAUGUUUCGGUG